AAAAGAAAGAAAGAAAGAAAGAAAGAAAGAAAGAAAGAAAGAAACUCAACCGGCAUCCAUCCCUUGCUAGAUUUCUUUAGACAAAGAAGCAAAAAAAAAAGAAAAGAAAAGAAAGGAAAGAGCUUUCCUCUGUGUGACGUCCGCUUGCAAAACUAAAUCCCGAAGCCGUCCGAUUUGCAGCACCGCUUUUUGCAACCGGGACUGCCCGUUCCACGAUUUGCAAAAAAAGGUCCGAAGAACUUCUCCCGGGUCUGCAAGCGACGGGGAGUCUCCACGGUGGAGUGAAUUAAGGGUGCUGGUGUGUAUGUGGGAGAGAGAGAAAGAGGGAAGGAAAAGGGCAGAGGGAACUGCCAGCUGUUCAGUCGGCCCCCCUUUCCAAAAAAAAUGAACUGCUCGCCUUCUUGAAAGCGGAAGAGCUUGGCUGAAAAAGUCGAGGGGCCGAGAGAGAGCGAGAGAGAGGGACGCCAGCGAAGCCAGCGCGGAAGCCGCCAGGCGUAAAUCCGGGAUGAUGCCGCUUUUGGAGAUAGCCGCGCUGCUUGUCGCCCUGAUCGGAGUCUGCGUGUGGACGGACGACGGCAGCAAAGUCAUCUCGGAUCGCUACGCGGUGUACUGGAACAAGACCAACCCCAGGUUCCAUCAGGGGGACUACACAGUGGAAGUGAGCAUCAAUGACUAUCUGGACAUCUAUUGUCCGCACUAUGAGAUCCCGUUCCCCAUGGACCGGAUGGAACGGUAUAUCCUCUACAUGGUCAACUAUGAAGGCCAUGCCACCUGCGACCACCGGCAAAAUGGCUUCAAACGCUGGGAAUGUAACAGGCCCGAUUCAGCCAAUGGGCCGCUGAAAUUCUCCGAAAAGUUCCAGCUCUUCACCCCUUUCUCACUGGGGUUCGAAUUCAGGCCAGGACACGAAUACUAUUAUAUAUCGGCCACCCCGCCUAACCUGGUUGACAAGCCCUGCUUAAAGCUGAAGGUUUACGUUCGACCCACAAAUGACUCCCUCUACGAAUCUCCAGAACCCAUAUUCACCAGCAAUAAUUCCUGUUGCAGCUUCCAAGUUCCCGAUGCCUUCUUCGUGGUGGUGCCCGUAUUUUGGACUAUUCUGGCCUCCUAGC